UUGGUUGAUAGACUGCGAACGAAUUGUACAUUUUGGAAUGCUGAUGCCUAAUUUGGCUGACGACGCAUGGCCGUGAUGUGUGAAGAAGCCCUAUGAUGAUGUUCGUCAUGCGUACGCACAAACACGGGCAGCAGGGAUGGAAGUGGCUGCGCACCGCCACAGGCAGAGACCCCUGCUCAUUGGCGGGCUUCAUACCUACCCUAACAAUCCAACGUUCGCAAGCAACUGCGACUGAGACACGACUCACCAAACAGACAUUCACGCCUACAAUCACCCUCGACUGCUUAUAUCCCGCUACCUCCUCACCCCACACUGCUCUACAUUAUUGUUUACAGCCUUCUCGGUCUCCUCAUUCCCCGCGCCUGGUCAUGGCCGUAAACCCAACUGCCAUCAACGUGAAUGACCCAGGUCUCAUCACCCUCGUCAACAAGCUUCAGGAUGUCUUCACUACCGUAGGGGUUCAAAACCCUAUAGAUCUACCCCAAAUUGCCGUCGUAGGAUCGCAAUCCAGUGGAAAGAGUUCCGUAUUGGAGAAUAUCGUCGGGCGAGACUUCUUGCCUCGAGGAUCCGGAAUCGUAACCCGAAGACCGCUCAUUCUACAGCUGAUCAACCGUGCUGCGUCCUCGAAACCUCAAGCGAAUGGUGUCACGGAGGAGACCCCUAAAACGACCGAUAAUGAGAACAACAGUGACGAGUGGGGCGAAUUCCUACACAUCCCCGGUCAAAAGUUCCACGACUUUGGCAAGAUACGAGACGAGAUCGUGCGCGAGACGGAAUCCAAGACUGGACGCAAUGCGGGUAUCUCGCCGGCACCCAUCAACUUGCGUAUCUACUCGCCCAAUGUUCUCACCCUUACUCUGGUCGAUCUGCCAGGUCUAACCAAAGUGCCCGUCGGAGAUCAGCCCCGCGAUAUCGAGCGCCAGAUCAAGGAGAUGGUGCUGAAACAAAUCACUAAGCCCAACGCUAUAAUACUCGCUGUCACCGCCGCAAAUACUGAUUUGGCAAACUCGGACGGUCUGAUGUUAGCGCGAGAGGUGGAUCCAGAGGGACAACGGACAAUUGGUGUGCUCACCAAGGUCGAUCUGAUGGAUGAGGGCACAGAUGUGGUCGAUAUUCUGGCGGGUCGCAUCAUCCCCUUGCGGUUGGGCUACGUCCCUGUCGUGAAUCGUGGACAGAGGGAUAUCGAGAACAAGAAGGCCAUCUCUUUUGCUCUGGAGCACGAGAGGCAGUUCUUCGAGAACCACAAGGCCUAUCGGAAUAAGGCUGCCUACUGUGGUACCCCAUACUUGGCACGUAAGCUGAACUUGAUUCUCAUGAUGCACAUCAAACAAACCCUCCCUGACAUCAAAGCGCGCAUUGCCUCCUCUCUUCAGAAAUACCAACAAGAGCUCGCCCAACUUGGCGACUCACUUCUCGGAAACAACAGCUCUAGUAUUAUCCUUCAAAUGAUCACCGAGUUUAGCCGUGAAUACCGGGGUGUAUUGGACGGAAAUAACCAAGAGUUAUCGGCCACAGAGCUGUCAGGCGGCGCACGUAUCUCUUUCGUCUACCACGAACUAUAUGCCAACGGUGUCAAGGCUGUAGAUCCAUUUGACCAGGUCAAGGACGUCGACAUCCGCACUGUUCUUCAUAACUCUGCUGGUUCAUCGCCGGCGCUUUUCGUGGGCACGACCGCUUUUGAAGUUGUUGUCAAACAGCAAAUCAAGAGGCUAGAAGACCCCAGUCUAAAGUGUGUAAGCUUGGUGUACGAUGAGUUGAUCCGAAUCCUCGGACAACUUCUUGCAAAACCAUCUUUCAGGCGUUACCCGGGUCUCAAAGAGAAGCUUCACCAAGUGGUCGUAGCCUUUUUCAAGAAGGCCAUGGACCCCACAAACAAGCUCGUCAGGGACCUUGUGGCUAUGGAAUCUGUAUACAUCAACACCGGACACCCCGACUUCAUCAAUGGCUCACGUGCUAUGGCCAUUGUGCAUGACCGUCACAACGCCGCGAAGCCGACUCAAGUAGACCCCAAGACUGGAAAGCCACUUGGACCCAAUGUGCCCCCACGUUCCCAAUCGCCCCAGCUUCCUCCCAUGGAUGGUAAUGGAGAAGGCGGUGGAUUCUUUGGUUCGUUUUUCGCGAGUAAGAACAAGAAGAAGAUGGCAUCCAUGGAGCCUCCUCCACCGCAACUCAAGGCUUCUGGUACUCUCUCUGACAAAGAGCUACAUGAGGUAGAAGUCAUUAAACUUCUCAUUACGUCGUACUUUAAUAUUGUGCGCCGCACCAUGAUCGACAUGGUUCCCAAGGCCAUUAUGCUUAACCUCGUGCAAUGGACCAAGGAGGAAAUGCAACGCGAACUCCUCGAGAACAUGUACAAGACGGAGGAGCUCGACGAUCUGCUCAAGGAGAGUGAGUACACGGUUCGCAGACGGAAAGAAUGCCAGCAGAUGGUGGAGAGCUUGGGCAAGGCCAGCGAAAUUGUCAACACCGUGCAGUAA